CCCCGUUCCCGGUUCCCCGGCAGGGCGAGGCCGCCCCCCCCCGGAGCAGCGAUGGGAGCGGCCGUGGGCUGAGCCCCCCCAGGCCCCACGGCGACGCCCAGACAGGACCAACAUGGAGCCCUGAGAGGAGGCGCGGCCGUGGGGAUGGCGAAGCUGCUGGUGCCGCUGGUGGUGCUGGGGGCCGUGUCCGGGGCGGGGGUCCCGGUGUCGCCGCCGUCCCCGCGGUGUCCCCCGCGCUGCCUGUGCCCCGCGGCCGCUCCCAGCCCGACGCUGCUGUGCGCCCGCACGGGGCUGCUGGCGGUGCCGCCCAGCCUGGACCGCGGGGCCGUGGAGCUGCGCCUCGCCGACAACUUCAUCGGCGCCGUGGGGCGAGCGGACUUCGCCAACAUGAGCAGCCUGGUGCACCUGACGCUGUCCCGGAACGGGCUCCGCCGCCUCGCCCCCGGCGCCUUCGCCGACCUGCGCGCCCUGCGAGCGCUGCACCUGGACGGGAACCGGCUCCCGGCGCUGAGCGGGCCGCAGCUCCGCGGGCUCGCCAGCCUCCGCCACCUCAUCCUGGCCAACAACCAGCUGGCCGCCAUCGACGCCGCCGCCUUCGCCGCCUUCGCCGCCACCGUGGAGGACCUGGACCUGUCGCACAACAACCUGCCCGCCCUGCCCUGGGACGCGGUGGCCGCCAUGGGCAGCCUGGCCACGCUGACGCUGGACCACAACCUGCUGGAGCGGGUCCCGGCGGGCGCCGUGGCGCGGCUGCCGCGCCUGGCCCGGCUGGACCUGACGGCGAACCGGCUGCGGGCGCUGCCGCCGGUACCGGGGCCGCCGGGGCCGGCGCUGGCGGCCGGGGGGAACCCCUUGCACUGCAACUGCGAAUUGCUGUGGCUGCGGCGGGUGGCCCAGCCGGGCCGCCUGGAGACCUGCGCCACACCGGCGCCGCUGGCCGGGCGGCUGCUGGGAGCCGUGCCCGAGGAGGAGCUGACCUGCCGGGCCCCCGCCGUCACCGCCGCCGCCGCACCACCGCCCGCCGUUACCGAGGGGCAGCCGCUGCGCCUGGGCUGCGCCGCCGUCGGGGACCCUCCGCCCGCGCUGCACUGGCUGGGCCCCGACGGGCGCCUGGUGCAGAACGGCUCCCGGCGCUCGGUGGGCGCCGACGGCUCCCUGGAGCUCCGCGUGGCCACCCUGAGGGACCACGGCGGCUUCACCUGCGUGGCCGCCAACGCGGCGGGAGAGGCGGCGGCGCGCGUGGACGUGGUGGUGGUGCCGCUGCCGGUGCCGCGGGGACGGGACGGGGACGGGGAGGCGGCGGCGGCGGCGGCUCCCGAGGCCGGGCCCGGGCCCUCGGAUAUGGCCCAGGCGGGCGGCAAUGACACCUGGGGGGGCCCCGGGGAGCGGCGGGUGGUGGCGGCGGAGGUGACCGGGUCCUCGGCGCGCAUCCGGUGGCUGCCGCAGCGCCACGUGCCCGGCGUGCGCAUGGUGCAGAUCCAGUACAACAGCUCCGCCGACGACGCGCUCGUCUACAGGUUGUUGCCCCCCUCCAGCCGCACGUUCGUGCUGCGGGACUUGGCCCCCGGGCGCCUGUACGAGCUCUGCGUGUCCACCCUGCGGGUCCUGGGGGACCCCCCCGCCGCCCCCCGCCCGCUCGGCUGCGUCUCCUUCGCCACGGCCGCCGCUCCCCCGGGCUGCGCCGCGCCCCCCCGGCCCCACUUCCUGGGGGGCACCGUCAUCAUCGUCAUCGGCGCCGCCAUCGCCGCCUCCGUGCUCGUCUUCAUCCUCAUCCUCACGGCGCGCUGGAAGGCGGCGGGGGCGCGGCGCCCCCCGCCCGCGCUCACCAGCGUCUGCUCCCAGACCAACGGCGGCCCCCGGCCCGCCGAGACCCCCGAGCUGCCCCCGCUGCCGCCGCUGCCGCCGCCCGCGGGCGGGGGUCCCGUGGCGGGGGGGGCGCGGGGGUUGUUCCCCAGCCACAGCUACCCCCGGCGGGCGCGGCCCCGGCGCCACGGGUCCCUCCCGCGGCUGGACGCGCCCGAGGGGAGCCCCCUGGGACCCCCCCUGCGCCCCUCCUUCGGCAGCACCCACUGGAUGCUGGAGAGCACCGUCUGAGCGGGGGGAGCGGUGGGAGCUCCCCCCCCGGUCCCCUCUCUUGUGUUCUUCGGCGGCGGCACCCACCGGGACCCCCGGGACCCCCCCUUGGGCGGCUCCCCCGGGUGGUCCCGGGCGACCGAGCCCGGCCCCGGCGGCUCUUGUUGGGGGGGGGCGUCCUGGGAGCGUCCGAGCUCGCCCGGGUGCCCCCCCAGACCCAUCCGGGAUCCCCCGUGGGUGCCAUUGGGAGCCCCCCAGGUGCCCCUCCCCUGCCCUGGGGGUACCUGUAUGCAAACCUCCCCCCCCGAAAAAACCCGCGUGGGGACCCCCGGCGUGCGGGGGCAGCGCCACACGCGUGGGGACCGCGACAGGGGCCGCGACAGGGACCGCGACAGGGGCCGCGACAGGGACCGCGACAGGGGCCACCCCAGCAGCGAUGGGGGCUCCGGUGCGCCCCGAAUCGCGCCUGGCGUGUCCGGAAACCUUCCCCCCCCCCCCCCC